UGGGAAAUUUCAUGACCAAAUCUUGGGAAAUUUAAAAAAAGUGAGUGGCAGCCCUGCCCUGGAUCCCGGGAAAAAAUAACAUCUAAUAAGUUGUGACAUAAUAACCUCGUCAACAUAUCAUAAUGCCACACAUAGAUAAUGACGUUAAACUUGAUUUUAAGGAUGUGCUAGUGCGGCCCAAACGAAGCACUUUGAAGAGUCGAGCUGACGUGAGUACUAAAGCAUUUGAUUGAUUUGAUAAAAAACAUUUUCCGUGAGCACCAAGUCCAAUGAAUGCCAUGGCCAUGCCAUCUUUUUCAUGGUGUCAGUGUCAGUGAAGUAAACAAGUAUUAAUGAAAAGAUCACUUCUGAUUCACUUGUGAGUGUGAUUGUGUCACAAGUUGUGAUCACAGAUCAGUGAUUGAAACAUUUUAUACCUCACUUCUUAAUCUUAAUUUUAUUAGUUUAGUAUUUACAAAUUACCAAGUAAGUCGCCCUAAGGUGAAGAUGCACUCUAAAUCUAAACAUGAAUUUUAAUAUAAUAAAAAUAUUUAUUUAUGAUGACUCUCAGUGAUCAGUCUAUCAUAAAUAGAGGUCAAGGACACCCUACCUACAGUACAGCCUAUGCAUCUCAAUUUAGGCAAUUUAUUAUAAACCAUCUCUUCAAACUCUACUGUACUAACUCAUUCUCACCCACCCACCCCCAACUUAAACUACAAUUACUACAAUGCUCAUGCUGUUGGGUGCUGUCCAUGGCUAGAAAAGGGAGGGGUAGAUAGUACUUGGGUGGGUGAGGUCAAGCUUUUUACAAAUUGUUGUUUUUAAAUUUAUAAUUAUCUGUACUUGCUAAUUUUUAUGUGACGGUGAAGGGCAGUUUGUGCCCUAGCCCUAGGCUGGGGUACUGCACUAUACAUAAAAACUUUAAAAUAUUAAUACUAGUAUUACUAAAAUUAAAUAAUAUUAAAUAUUUUGGGUAAUUCAAAGAUAACGCGCCAUGCCAUCAUUUUGUGUUUUUGUUAAGUUUCUGUUUUGGAUUCACUCCCCAUGUUGUUGUUAAUAGAGAUAAAUUUUCCUUAAUAUGACUAGGUUGGUUAAUUAUAAUUUCAAAUUUUCAUUGAUUGGGUAAUUAUAAUAUUUUAAUUUUUCUGCCAUGUUAGAAAAUGGGUUUGGUAUAGAAUUUUAUUGAUUUUCUGACAAUAUUUGGAUAUUCUUUUUGGCGGAACCUGAAAAUAAAGUGUGAAAAAGUUUAUUCUAUGAAUCUGUAAGUUGGGUCUUCAUUAUUUUACAAUUGUUUUUUUAUUGUUUUUCUUCAUUUUUACGCUUUUUUACCAAACAUUUUUUAGUUGAGGGAAUAGAAGAUGUACAGGCUGAAAUUAUGCAAAGAAAGUGAGCGACCGCAGGUCGUUGACACUUCUUGUCCAUAUCUAGAUGUAUUCAAUAAAAUGGCUACGCUCACCAUGAAAUGUGUGUGUGCCGAAUUACGCGAGGAAAGGGAGCAAUUUCAGGUUGUUAACGCCUCUUGCCGUAUAUCUAGAGGGUUACAAUAAAGUGGCUACGUUCACCGUGAAAUUUAUGGACCGGCAGAAAUUUUUUCAUUACAUUUAAACAUUUUUGUCUUGCCCUCCUGAUUUUAGCAGACGGGUCGUGGCAACCAAGAUGGCGGCCGUGGGAAGUAGCAUUGCACAGUAUCUUUGCAUUUACCAAUAUUUUUACCAUUGACUAAACUAUUAAUUAAAAUUUGAAUUUUAAACAAAUAUUUAGUCCAAAAAGCACAUAUCAUCACUAAAAUGCAUUUGCAUUAAGCGGACCAAUAUAUACUAUAUAUAUAUGUGUGUGUGUGUUCAAUAUCGCCCACCUUCGUGCAAAGACCAAGGUAAAAAGGGUACUAAUUCUUGAACUGCUGUUCUCUGGCGAUGCCGCCUUAACAUCGCACACAGAAGGUCUUAAGUGGCUAGUUAAUCAUCUAUGACAAGCUUGUAAAAAGUUAAUACUCUCAAUUAGUCUACAGAAAAUAAAUUUCAUGAUCUAAAAAGCACCAUCCCCUCCAAUCAUAUCUAUUGAGGGCCAUAAUCUGUCGGUUGUUGAGCAUUUCACAUACAUUGGAUCCAAUAUUUCUAGUUCUCUCUCCGUCGACAAAGAGGUAAACAUCAGGAUCGUAAAAGCAGUAGGAACUUUGGCUAAGCUGAAUAAGCGGGUGUGGAAUAAUCUCAAUCUAACUGAUAAAACAAAACUAAGUGUCUGUCAGGUAUGUGUGCUUAGUACGCUCCUAUAUGGCAGUGAAGUGUGAACAACUUUAUAUUAAGUGAUAAUUAUAACACAUAGAUGAAUGACAUGAAAAACUGCCUAAAAGCUAUGGGGAGCUGAAUAGAAAAAGUGGUUGCUGUAUGGAGAAUUUGCAGAAAGGACACGACUUAUUGGACGGCCACGGAUGAGAUUUAUGGAUGUAUGCAAAAGGGGCAUGAGGGAAGCCAACUUUGAAAUGAUUGAAUGGGAGAUCCAUCCAACGUUCCAGCUGGUGAGCAGCAGUGUAUGGAGUCAAAAGGGUAGAAGAUGUGUGAAUUGAAACCGUUGCAACAAAAAGAACUAUACGGAAGGCCAAAUCUAACCAGGAGUCAAUAUUCUCCUACUAGAAAUGCAACCGGCACUGCCAUUCCAGGAUUGACCUAGUGAGCUAUUCCCUGAAGUGUACAUAGCUACUCCAUCGUCUCGCGAAGACAGAAGGAUAUCAAAUAAUAUAUACUUUAUUAAAAUAUUAAGUGAUAAUUGUAACACAUUAUAGAUGAAUGACAUGAAAAACUGCCUAAAAGCUAUGGGGAGCUGAAUAGAAAAGUGGUGUGCUUCGGCACAGAGUUUUUGAAGAAAAUCUUUUAAAAUUGACAUUCCUGAAGAUUUUUUUUUUUUAAUUUACGCAAAAUUUCAAUACAAAAUUACCAUUCUGAAGUUGAGAUAAGUGAUCUACCAAUUUGUGAAGGAACAAAUUACAGUUGAUUGAGACUUUUUUUUUUAAAGCCUGCUUUAGAUACAAACUAAAUUUUCAAUAGGAAAAUGAACAUUUUGUUGCUGUGGUGAAAUGACAUGUAUUGGUGAAUGUCUCUCAUGUGACAUAUAUUAGUGAAUGUCUCUCAUGUUACAUAUACUGGUGGAUGUCUCAUGUGACAUAUACUGGUGGAUGUCUCUCAUGUGACAUAUACUGGUAAUUGUCUCUCAUGUGACAUAUUGGUGAAUGUCUCUCAGUGACAUAUUGGUGAAUGUCUCUCAUGUGACAUAUAUUGGUGAAUGUCUCUCAUGUGACUUUUAUAGAUUCAAAUCAACCACAAAGGAAAAUAUUCUCAUUUAUAUUAUGCACUUAUAGCUAUAGAUAAGUCUACAACCAAUUACAUUGGAAUUAAUGGGACUUAUAUAUUUACAUCAAAUUAGAAAACUUAAUUGAAAUCAGUCUACAAUUAUAGAAAAUCUAAUGCAUAUAGGGCUGGCAUAGAUCAACUUCUGCAUAUGAAUUUACAAUCUUAAUUCUAAUGGCCAGAUGCUACUGGCCUCCAAUAAUAACCUGACAUUUCAUUAUUAUUACAUAUUGAUAUCUAGUAAGAUAGAUGUGUUCUGAUCCUUAAGAACUGAUCUUAUUAAUUAUAUAUUUAUCAUUUGUUAUGGUGGACUAGCGGACUGGCCCGUACUGAUAGCCAGCCAAGAAAACAGCGCACAUGUGCAGAGAGACUGGACAGAGAGUGUGUGUUUAUGAACCGUGAUCCGGACGCAAGCAGAAAGUCAACACCUGAUUGAGAACUUGUAUUUAUGUAUAUAUAUGUUUAUGUUACUUGUUUGAAAUAAAAACAAUGAAAACAUAACAUCAUUGAUGAUCAGGGUUGAUCGAUCAAUGCAUGAGAUCACUGUCAAGGUCAUGAAAUCAGAGAAUGUGUGUGUUUUGAUUUUGUGACAAAUGGGGCUAGUGUUUGAGUGUGAAAGGUUUUCAUGUCACGAGUGCAUGGAGUUUUGGGUGAUAAAAGGGGGACAAUUUUUUGAGAGAGUGGGGUUGUAUUAUGUUCACGGACGAGAGAGUGAACUAAGAAUUGAGUGUGACGUGAUAACUUGGAUGUGAGAGGUCAUGUCUGAUUUCUCUCAAAUGGAUAUAAUAAUAAUAAUAAUUAGUGGUCUUUUAUAGCGCGGUACCCCAGCCUAGGGUUGGGCUCACCGCGCUGUACAUAAAAAUAUUAUCAAAAGAGACAUAAUCAUGACAUUACUGGAUAGAGAGCUGAUAAACUAUUGAAAGUGUGUGGAUAUCUAUUCUAUUCUAUUAUUGUAUAACAUUACCCUGAUGUCAAGGAAUCAUGUGAUUAGUACUGUAUAAAUAAAAUAUAAUAAAGUACUGUGUAGUGUACAUUGGAAAUUGUGUUGCUUCUUAUCAGAGAGAGAGAGACAGUCGUUGUGACGUUGAACUAAUCGGCCAGGCGAAAUAUGCAUCAUAAGACAUCCUAGAAAAUGAAAGUAUUUGACAUGAGGUCAAAUAUUUGAUAGUCACAUCACAGUCACAUCUAUGAUAGAAGUGAAGCCUUUGAAAGUUUUCAGGAUGGGGACGGAUGUGGACUUUCAGCUGUACAUUGUGGGAUGGACUGACUCCCAGAUGUACAUUGUGGGAUGGACUACCCAACGGUGUGUUGUGGGUCCUAGAAACUCACAGUCCUGUGUGAUGCAGACCCAUGUUUUGGUAGGGGGAUGUGCAGUGGUGAGCGGACUCCUCUGAAUCAGGCCUCAGAGAUUAUCCUAAAAUCCAGCUGCUAAGAUGCUGUGGUUUCUUGUAAUGCGGCAACCAUGCUUUAUGUGAAAUGAUGUAAGAAAAACUGAAGGAGUAAACAUCCCUAUUAGGCAUAAACUAACGUGUCUCUUUCCAAUAACAACGAAUUCAGAUCAAAUCAUUGAAGGAGGCAUAAGCUUGUACGUACUGGAAUCAGUCUGUCACAAUGUGACGAUUGUGUGGACUUUGCAAGACUAUAUGCUGGUUCCCUAGACAACAAAUUGCCUCUCUCCACGCACCUGGAUAGCCCAAGGGAACACCAAACAUGGAUGAUACAACUUGACACAAGUUGCAUCGCAGGAGUUGUCGGAAGUUUUUAUUGUAUUAAUGUAUACGGGACUCCUUUUCCAGGUUCUGGUUCAGAGUUUCCUGCUCUUAGAUGAGUUGCCAGCCAAGUUUAGCAGGUCCCAUUCAUCCGGGGUGCCUGACUUGUGGGGAUUGAGCUCCUGACCACAAUGUUGGGAUUGAUUCAGAUAACACCUGACCACCCAGUCACCCUUGUACAUAAACAUCCAAUGUGUUGAUAACAUUGUUAAUCCUUACCAUUGUCGAUGGUGGCAAAUGGAUUUUCUCAAUCAAAUUACACAAUUAAUAUAAAACAAUACAUGUAUUGUGAUGUAUUCAUAUAGUAUAUCCUGUAGUCUUAUUGGGAUAACAAAUAUCUAAAAUUACUUCACCAUCUCUAAGAUGAGAUAAAGUUCUCGUGGCCAAUAUAUAUAUAUAUAUAUAUAUAUUAAGUAUAUAUAUAUAUAUAUUCCCCACGAGAAUUUCAUCCCAUAUAUAUAUUANUAUAUAUAAUUAAUGGCAAAACACAAUGAUCAUACUUAUUAAUUUCUACAACAUUGAUCAUAGAUCGACAUGAUUAAAGCAAUAUUAUUUAAAGUCAUAGUAUUUAAAUGUAUUAAGUAAAGUGAUCAAAAUCGAUGGCUCAAAACUCACUAGGUAAAUUUGCUGACUGAUUUUCUCACACAUGAGAUUAGCAAGAGGGAGCGAUGUGUGCCUUGUGCUUGGCAAGUUGGGAAAAGGAAGAAAUUGUGGUUCAAUAGGGCUUAUAUCUAAAAUGGGGGAAAUAAUCCUAGACUGACAUUUUGAUCAUAAGGGUGAUCAUGGUCAAUGAAAUAAGUUGUGCAGGCAUGAUCAAAUCCCUGUUUUCUUAACUCAAUUUAGGGGUGGGGGGGGGGUGUGUGUUGAUUGUAAACUUUGCUGACAGGUUUGAAUAUGCUAUGUGAGCUGGAUCUAAGAUGACAAUGAAAAAUAAAAAGGAAAAUAACUAAUACUAAAAAAAGGGGGGUAAAUUCUAGCAAGGUGUGUUUACUACACCACAGUAAAUAAAAUUUGAGGAUUCAUCCUGAUUUCAUCACAGUUGCCAGAAUAUGGUAGAAACUUAAAUCCCUACACACUUUCUGCAAUAAUUGUCACCUCAAAUCCUAUUGUUGAUUUUCUAGUCUCAACUCCCAUCCAAAUAAUAUAAAGUCAUCGCUCUCUAAAUUUUAUUUUACUGAUAUAAUUAUUUAAAGGUUCCUACAGUUCAAGUUCAAUUAGUCAUAAAAAUUAUUUAACACCUUUUGACAAAGGAAUUUUAAUAUAUUGGCCUAUGAUAGCCUGCCUUGAAAACAGCACAGUACUGAUGAUUUGGGGAUUUUCACAAAUUGCAAACAUUUCUCCAUUAAAACAGAUGUCCGAAAUUGCAAGGUAUAGUGUACUGACUAAUCCAAUCUGUUAUUUCUCAGGUGGACUUAACCCGAUCCUUUAUUUUUCGGAACUCUAAAAAGACUUACAAUGGAAUUCCAGUUGUUGCUGCUAAUAUGGACACUGUUGGUACUUUCGAAAUGGCCAAACAAAUGGCAAAGGUAUCCCAAAUUAAGUAUCAAAGAAUUCUUGACCUGGCUUAAUCCAGUUAUUUUAAUUAACAAGGAUUGUUUUAAGCUUAAUUAUGAGAAAAAUAAAUUCCAUUACAAACAUCCACAAGUCUGAAUCCUCAUACAGAAAGUUUCAAAGGGUUACAAAAUUAUCACAUUUACAAUUCCAUCAAGUAAUACAUUCUUUGAUUAUAGUAGGAUAUGUUACUUCUUAAUGUUUGAUAAGAUACAAAUACAAUGCAAAUUGUUUAUUUUAUUACCUUUUUAUGAUUAAGUAACUUGAUAUUCAUAUAUGGAUAUAUAUUUCAGCACCUAAUGUUUACUACCAUUCAUAAACAUUAUUCUGUUGAUGAGUGGAAAGAAUUUGCUUCAAACAACAAAAGCACUCUUGAGGUAUAACAAAAUUCACUACUUGUAGAUGUUUCACGUAAAUACCAAGUUUUAUCUCUGGCUUUAUUCAAAGAAAUUUUAUCUUAAUGUAAAUUUGUUGUGUUGUCAGAAAAAUACAUCUCUCUAUGUACCGAACAAAAACUUUUAAUGGAUUAGUUGUGUUUUUCACAAAUAUUUGAAAGCAUAUUAAUUAAAACUUGUUUUCCAAAAUUAAAGAAAAUGUGUCUGUGUCUGUCUGCAUAACCUAGAGGAAUGGAUUUUUGUUUUACAUGUCUUAAAUGUAAUGUUACAUGAUAAACAGGAAGCUCCACUGAUCUUACCACUUACCCAUGCUUCAUUUCAAAAUGUUCAAAAUUUCAGUUUGUAGCAGCCAGUUCUGGUAUUGGAGAUGGAGACCUGGAGAGACUGAGUGCCAUUUUGGAGGCUGUGCCAGAGAUAACCUACAUUUGCAUUGAUGUUGCAAAUGGAUACUCAGAGCAUUUUGUUCAAUUUGUUCGUGAUGUCAGGAAAAAAUAUCCCGAGCAUACCAUAAUAGUGAGUUGCUCUUGUGAGAUUUUUAUUUUCAAAAUGGAACUUAAAACACCUUGUGAAAAGGUCAUGCUGUAUGCCUCUCAUCCAAGAGUUUGUGGGUUCAGAUUUGACUAGGAUUUCCCCCAGGAGUAGGUUAAAUAGCAUUAUGGAAUGGACUCGGCUAAGUAAGGCAGAUAUCCUUGGGGAGGAGGUAAGCCCUCCUGAGUACAGUAACAAAAAAACUAAAUACCGCCAAAGUGGAAGACAACAGUCAACUUGGCAAAAAUGGCUGACUAAUGUGAUAAGAUACAAUUGCCAGGUAAAAAUUGUGAAAGUUAAAGACAUACGAAUUUAACCCUAAAAAUAAAUGUAUUUCUGUAGAAUUAUUAUUGCUAGAAUACAUUGGAGCCAUGGUUCUAAAGGUUCUAAAACUGACGAGAGGAUUUUAGGACUUUGCCUAUGGUCAUUUAAGAAUAACCAUUUCAUUUCUUUGUAAUUCAUAGAUUUACAAAAAGCUUACUGCAUUACCUCAAACUGUAAGUCUUUAAUUUUUUAUUUUUUUCUAGGCAGGUAAUGUUGUUACUGGUGAGAUGGUUGAAGAGCUUUUAUUGUCUGGUGCAGAUGUGAUUAAAGUUGGCAUCGGGCCCGGCUCAGUGUGUACAACCCGCAAGAAGACUGGGGUGGGCUACCCUCAGCUGAGUGCUGUCCUUGAAUGUGCUGAUGCUGCUCAUGGCCUGGGUGGACAUAUCAUAUCAGUGAGUUGCACUAAAUUUAAUGUUGGAUCUGAAACUUUGAGUCAUAUACCUCACUUGAAAGCACUGUAAAGCUAUCUAUGCAUGAUCUUCUUGUCAUGCUGCUAUUUUCUUCCCUUCUGGAAUUAUGUGAAAAACUCAAAGUAAAGCCUUUGUCUUUUUUUUUCCAAGAGCUCUUUUAAUAUUUUUAUUUAACGUUAAUUGUAUGCUAAUUGAAUUACAUUUUUUAGCAUGUUGCAGAAAUAGUUGGGACCAUUUCAUAGAUUUAAAAACAAUAAUCAUCAAAUUUAAUCUUAAAGAACCAGAGCUGAAGUGGCAAAGUCAAAUCGUCAUUUCUCAGACCACAGACAAAAUUUAUUUUUUAAAAGAGAAUUUGACAUGCUCUUGGUCAACAUACUUUUAUCAUUUCCCAUAGUUAGCCUGAUCAAUUUCAAAGCCAGGUCAUCUCAUGAGAAAACCUAUGUGCAUAAUAUAACAAGACAAGCACUGGUGUGAAAACACCACCACCACCCCCACCCCCCACCCCCACCAUCCAGGUUGAGGAAGACCCAAAAACACCUGGUGUAGAGAGGUCAACAAGGCUGUAAUAAAGAUUGGAAAGGUCCAUAUAUAGCAAACCGGAAUGCCUGGAAAUGCCUUAUUAAUGGCAUAAACUCCUUUGGAAUAUGCAAAGAAAAGAAAUAAUCUAGUUAUUGCCUGUUUCUCCUCAAUACAUAGCAUUUCAUUUCUAGGAAAGACUACGUUAUGUAGGUCUCAUUAAAGUGUUACUUGUUAUGUUUUGCAUAGGAUGGAGGCUGUACAUGUCCUGGCGAUGUUGCUAAAGCUUUUGGUGCUGGGGCAGAUUUUGUGAUGCUGGGUGGCAUGUUGGCUGGUCACACUGAGUCAGGUGGGGAAAUCAUCGAGAGAGAUGGUAAGAAGUUCAAGUUGUUCUACGGCAUGAGCUCAGCAACUGCCAUGAAAAAGCAUGCAGGUGGCGUGGCUGAAUAUCGGUAAGUAGGUUUGGUUCCAUUUGCUUGUUGGUACCCUGAUCAUCCUGUUCAUACUGUUUCAGGUUUAAUUGUUAAGGGGUUAGGCGCCCGAAAAUAUCUAAAAUUUUCAAAAAUUGUCAAUUUUUUUAUUUUUUCAUUUUUACGAAGAUAAACAUUCUUAGAAUCGAUUACAUAUCAAUUGAUACUACUUUUUAAAAGAUUUGUUGUGAAACAACUGAUAUUUAACACCCCACCCCACUCUAAAAAUUGACCUAAUUUUGGAAAUAAAAUAAAAUUCAUACAUAUCCCAUGUUUGAGACCUCAAAAAACUAGUUUUAAAUAACAUAAUAUGCUAUUAUUAUAUAUCAACGUAAAGGUAAAUUCAAGCAGUUUUUUUUAUUUUUAGAAUCGAAGUCAGUAAAUAUAAUUGCUACAAAUAAUCGGAUCCACAAGCGAAGUGUGUGUAGGAUUUUCUUCACUUCUAUUUAUAUAAUUAUUUUACCGAUUUUCAUUGGUCCGAACCGAGGGUAACCAAGAUACCGUUGACUCGCGCAUGCGCAAAUGCGUUGUUUAUGCGUGUUUACCGGAUCAUGGUUCUGUGUACAGAACGACAUUUUGCAAACGAAAGCAUCAGCAUAUUUUGAUUUUAAAAUACACGUUUACAACCUUACCCAUUCGGUAAAAGCCAGAAAUUCAAGGUAAGUAUACUAAAAAAAUGACCUUAAUUUAGCAACAUGCAAUCGGUGAUAGUUGAAAUUAUUCAGUUCGGACGUCAGUACUGUCACUGUGUUGCCUUGAUGAUUGAUCGUGCGUGUGGAUUGUUUGUGAGUUUAUGUUUAGCUUAUGCCUUAUGCGGAGAAUUACAUAAGUUUCUACUAUUAGUCUUUAUAUUUACCAAUCAAGUGAAUUGUUAAAUUAUAUGAAUCCUAAGCCUAUUUAUUUAUAGUUGUCUAACAAAACAACAUUGAUAAAUAAUCGAGUAGUUCAAAGUAAUAGCAUAGGCUAAGACUAAGGCUAGGACUAGGACUAAAACAACAACGCAAUAUGCCGUAAUACUACUAUAAUUAUGGCAUGGUAUUAGCAUUAGCAGUAUGGGGAAAAUAAUUCGUAUUAGAAUCUUUUAACUCAAAUAGUUUAAUCUUAGCCUUAUUCAUUUUUUUUAUCUGCAUACAAUUAUUAAUAGUAAUAGCUAAUUAGUUUUAUAUUAUUUCUUAUUUAUAAGAUCAGUUCAAUUGACUAAUAAUAGUAAUUAUAAUAAAAUAAGUAUUUAGUUUAGCAAUCCUAAACAUCUAAAUAAUACUAAUAGGCUUAUUGAGAUCAUUUUCAAUAUAUUAUUUGCUAAAUAAUGUUUAUAUAAUUUUUUAAUUCCAUUCCAGCCCCCAAUUAGUUCUACCGAGCCGAGCAAAAGUAAAUUCUUCAGUGACAAGAAUUCUACAGAGGGACUGCUAAACAUUGAUUUCGAAAUGAUCAUAAUUCAAAGCUUUUACCAAUUUUCUUCUGUCUGCAGUGGAAUGGACGAAUUGCAGAAGCCAUAACUUACAGCUGAUUGCAAAACAAAAUAGUAAAUACUAUGAACAUAACAAUGACUAGAUUGUGAGUGGUUAGAUUGUUCAUAUCAACAACUGGAUAACCAAGUCAUUAUCAAUUAUAGACUCUAAGGCCUGAAGGACAAUGGCAUGGACUAUGAAAAGUUGCAAUCUAUGAUAUCUGCGAUAAACAAUCCAGCUGCACCGCAAAAUUUAUAACCUGCGCAAAGUAUAAAAACUGCGCUAUGCCGAAGACAUGAAACAUUUAUGAGCAAGUAUCUUCCCAAUUAUUACAUUUCUAAUAGACAAAUAACUCAUUCACCUCUGGUAUGAGGGACAUCUUUGAUGAAAGAAGUACACAGAAUAGGUACAAAAGUUUCAACAUAGCAUUGCUGCCAUGAAACUAUGCUUUAAUUUCAGUGAUGGUGACAGCAACAUAACCUUGUCAUCUAAGCAUGGUUAAAAGGAUCAUGGACAAAAGGGUUGAUUGGGGACUUUGGAUAACUUGUGUUAUAUUAUAAUGCUGAACAAAAAAUUCUAAUACAACACAAAUUAGCUUUAUUCCAGAGGAAAAAAAUUUUUUGUUUAAAAUUGUGAUUUUGACGAGAGCACCUGAUGAAGUUCAAGAAGUUAAAACCCAUGUUCCUGGUGCAUUCAACAGUUCAAUAAUAUAAGAAACCACCAUGUCCAUGUUGCUGAACAAAAAAAACUAUGUAAAAGAACUUCAUUUUCAUAUUAAACUUAAAAUUUUUCACUUUUAAAGUUUAAAAUUGAUUUUUCUCAAAAUUGUUUUUUUCUGUUGUUUUGUAACGUAGAAUUCUAAAAUCUCAGCUAAUAUACAAGCUAGAGUAAUAAAAUUUGGUGUGUAUCUUCCUUUAACUAUUUUGUGGGUAAUGAGCUAUUCAAAAAUCAAUUUGGUCAAUUACUUUUGUUAAAAUAAUUUUUUUCAUAUCCUAGGAUGGUAAAUUUUAAGCGUUUUCUGCCGAGGCAAAUUUUAAAAAUUAAAAAAAAAAUGUUUUGAAAAGUUUUAAGGAAAUUAAACUAGCUCAGUACCUCUAAAUAUAAUUGAAGUUGAUGAAUCAAUCAAUUUUUAAGCAAUAUGUAUGUUUGUUUUUAAAAUUUUAGAACUCUACGAAUGGGUAUUAUUUUCAAGAUGGCCGCCGUUGCCAUGGCAACUAUAUAAUUUUUUUUUAUUUUAAGGCAUGAAAAUAUAUCUCCAUUCAUAGCUUAACAUGACCAUAAUAAAAUAAUUGCUCUAAGUUGGUUAAUUAAAAAAAAAAAAUUUUGGUAGCCUGCCCCCUUAAGUCACAUUGUUUUACUCACUGAGACUUUCUGAGAAAUUGUUUUCAAAAAUAUUUUUCUUUUCACUUAAUUCUUUGUGCACCCUCUUCUCAUUACUUGAGCAACAAAUUAUUAUAAGUGGUAAUUUUUAAUUAACAGAGCAUCUGAAGGCAAGACUGUGACAAUACCCUACAGAGGAGAUGUUGAAAUUACCAUACAAGAUAUACUGGGAGGGGUGCGUUCAACAUGCACUUACGUUGGGGCUUCAAAGCUGAAGGAGUUGAGCAGGAGGACAACUUUUAUUAGAGUGACACAGCAGCUGAAUGAAGUCUUCACUCCUAUAACUACUGAGCAUUAAGUUUGUUGUUAUCCUAGUAGCAGUGGCAACUUGUAGAGUCUUCUUGUUGGUUUAUUUUUUGAAGGAGAAAAAAAAAAGUGCGCUCUCUCUCUCCCCCCCCUCCCCCAACAUGUUUUUUGAAUAGUAUUUCUUUUCUGUGUUAUGGAUGCUGAGCUUGUUCCCUGUGUGUUAGGUUGUUUAUAGGCUUUAGCUUAUGUACAUAUAAUGACUCGAUGAGCCCAGACUUAAUGACUAAAAGGUUAAUAAGAUGUUGACGUCAGUUGAUCCCCUCUUGUGAAGAUAAACCCCAUAUAGUGAAGAUAGACUUCAUAGAGUGAAGAUAGACUCCAUGUAGUGAAGAUAGAGUCCAUGUAGUGAAGAUAGACUCCAUAUAGGGAAGAUGGGUUUCAUAUAGUGAAGAUAGACUCCAUAUAGUGAAGAUGGGUUCCAGAUAGUGAAGAUAGACUCCAUAUAGGGAAGAUAGAUUUCUUGGAGUGAAUAUAGACAUAAAGUGAAGAUGAUAGACUCCAUAUAGUUAAGUUGUUCAGAUCUCUUUUAGUUUACCAUAUAAAUUAAAGUUUGAACAUUUUAUAGAAAUAGAAUCCACUUAAAAUUAGUAUGGUAAAGAAAAUAGAUACUUAACUUGCCUUUCAGAUACGGAAACCUUAGUUUUUUUCUUCUUAAUGGCAUAACCGGUAGUGAUUUGAUGAAUCCCAUAUAAAGAAUUUCCUUACUAGAAUUAUUUGACUGGCUGAACGUUUUUUAAAUUUCAAUUUAUUUAAUGUCAUCCAGUUUAAAAUGCACUUCAGAUAUCUAUGUGUUGAGAUAUGAUGAGAGGGGAAAAAAUAGGAGAGUUCGUAUUUUGAUUUAUUUCAUGGAAACCCAGUCUGCUGUGCCAUAUCUAGAUGGAUUUAAAUCACACGUGUUACCUGAGAAUUUAAUGGUAAUGAGAUCAUAUUUAUGGUUUUAUGUUUGUUAAAUAAUUGUUAAAACACCUGCUAAAUAAUUAGUAAGGGCUGUUCAUGUUUAUUAUAUAUUUUUAGAAUCUCUCUGCAGACUUGUUCCCCAAUCAAAAUUAACUAUAAAAGCUGUAACUAGGAAUACUGAAAUGUAAGAUUUUGAAAUUUCUAAUUUAUUCAUCUACAAUUUUUAUGUAAAUCCUUUGUGUUAAAAUCAAAUGUUGCCGUCAAUCUUUUUCUAAAUUGGCAUUAUUUGCUGCAUUUAUUUAAUUUUUUUUACUAUCAAAUUAAAUGCAUUUUAUCCGGUGAAUCCCUGAUGAAUUCCUGCAUGUUUUUUAAUAAGUGGUUUGAGGGGGCAUAAUUUACUUUAUUUAAUAAUUUAAUAAUAAAUAUAUUGUUUUGAAUUUUAAUAUAGGUAAAUAUAUCUAAAUACCAUCUAUUAAUUACAUUUACAGUUGAUAUUUUCAUUAUUUAUAUAGCAUGAACUUUAAGUAAGCUAUUUUUGGCAUGGCAUGUUACCACUGCUGCAUUUUAUACAUGGUUAUUCUACACCUGUCUUGGACAUGGUGGUUGAAAUAAACCUAACCUAACGACCACAGUAUUGAUAUAUCCUUAUGGACCUAGCUAUUCAAUCUGAUUGACAGGAUUCUUUCUGUUCAGAAAUGUCUUGAGGCAAAUAUUUUGCUUACUCAAAAAUAACUAGAUAUUUAGGACUGUUUUUAUUACCUACUUUAUAUUGGCACCUCUUGAAAAAAAACAAGAAGAAAAUUUACUUGAUAUUUUUUUUCUUGUCUUUGUUAAAAGUUAUUGUGAUUCUUGUUAUUGUAUUUGUCUUUCAUAUAAACUUAAACAGGAACUUGUUUUUGAAGAUGUUAAAUGUUGAACUCGUCCUGUUGAGUCUCCUGUGUAAAGAUAUUAAAUGUUUUUGGAAAUGAUUUGUUAAGGAGUAUAUUUUUAAAAACUGUACAAUAGACAUUUGGGGUUUCUAAUUAUUUUGAUGUGCAAAUUAUUUUCCUGCCCUACAAUCUUCCACCCAGACUGUGCUGAGUUUAAUAUACUACUAUUUAGUGUGGAAAUUAAAAGUAAAAAUUUUUAUUAGAUAUUGCUUUAUUCUAUAACUCUUUUUUUUAUUCAAUCUAUAAUUGUUUCAUUUGCUUUUUAUUUUCAUUGUUGCAAGAGAUAACAUUAAAAUGGUAGGUUGAUAUUAAAUUAAAAAGAUUGUUUCAAACCUGUUUUGUACAUUUUUGCUGGUAAAAAAAAAACAUAUUAGCAUAAGAUUUGUAUUUCUGGGUAUUUGCAUUGAGAUUUUGAUUGAAAAUAUUGAUAAAUUUGCCAGACAAAUAUCUCCUGUUGUCCAUUUUCCAGACUAAUAUUUCAUUCUGUCCAAUUUUCAUGUGCUAGUUAAAUCAUUCCUGACGUUUAUUUGCCCUUUCUUUUGCUUUAUAUGGAAGAAAAAAAUAUUAUAAAGAAAAUCUUGUUUUGUUAUGUUGGUUUUUUUUUAGAUUAAAAUUUUUAUAAAAUAAAAAAGCCAGUUCAAUGAAUUUAACACAAGCAUAAUAUUUAAGGCAAUCUUUGCCUAAUAAAAUUAUUUAUUUAUAUUAUAUUUCUGAUAAUUAAUCAUAAACUUUAGGCAAGGCUUUAUACUUACGUAAAACGGGCUUAUGCAAAGAACAACAUACCGGUACUUCGCAUUAGAAAGCAGUGGAUGAGACUGCAGUUCUCGCCUCAAUUUUACGAAAGUUCCCUGUUGGCCCUAGAUCACUGAUUUCAGCUAUGUUUUUUUCUUGCAAGCCAAAUAGCCUUCAAGAAACCUUGAUCUUCCAUUUAAGUUCCAUUCAAAGUUUGUGUAGUUAGUGCACCAUCUGAUAGCCCACACUUCAACCACAAAAUGGACUCAUUUAAUCCAAAAUAUUUCAACCUUUUAGUAUAAAAGUCCUGUAUACAAAACAAUUUAACCUGUAAUAUCCCCUCAUUAAAAAGAUUUUUUUUUUGAUGUGAUCAAAUAUUUCAAAUAAAUAUAUAGUAUCUUAUUCAGUUAUUUUUAUUUUGGUGUAAGUUAAAAUCCUAACCUUAAUGAUUUAUUUGUUCCAUUAAAAUUAAUAAACAUUUUCUUAUGUUUGAAACAUAGUUAAGAGCAAUGGACCACCAUUUUUGAGUCCACAGAGGGAUGAGGAACCCAUAUUAUUCAUUGUAUUUUAAAUAAAUAUAUUGGAAAG